CAACAAAUUGGGAAGAAGAAAUAACGAGGGACGCGUAAACAGCUGAAGACAAGUCAAACCCUCCCUCUCGCUUUGUACACAUAUCUUCUUAUAGGUAAGGGACAUGGUGCUAUGGUCGUCUCCCCCAACCCCCAGGAAGCUGAUCGCCACCGUCGGCUGCUUCGUCGCCGGCGCUGCCCUAUUCGCCGUCGGAGCCCACCUCUCAUUCACCAACGUAGCCCCUCAGCAAGCUCGCACCAAAGCCCGCAACGACUUCAUCAAGGACCGCCUCCGAAAGCUCCUUGGAGACUGACCUUCUCAAGCUUCCCACCCAGUUGCUUCAUCGCAAUCCGUUUUUCAUUGUUCGUAUGGUUGGAGGGACAGUCUAAUGAUACAGUAUGUGAUGUCAUCUUCUUCAGCAAGAAGACUACACUCCUGUUUGUGCUGCUUUCAUCUACAGGGGAGUUCAGUUGAUGUUACACCAAAUCCAAGCACUCAACCCUCUACAACUGUCAAUAUUACUCGUGAAUACAACCGUGUCUUUAACCAUAUCUGCAGUGAGAUAUGGCCUGUCAUUCAUCCUGAAAACUUGUCUUGUGAAAACCCAGACUUAGUGCAAGGGGAAGUCCAUGAAGAACAACAGAUAUUGGUGCCGGUCCUUAAGCCCAGCCGAGAGAGUGCCCAAGAGGCACUUCAGCAUGUCAGACCUAGCACCCCUACUCAACUUGCCUCUGCCUAUUUUAAACAGAGUGAAGACGCUUUCCAUCUAUGCAUCCUACUCCAUGAUAGUGCACGCCGUGCUCGUUUCCUUUACCAUGAUAUACAUUACCUUCUCCACAGUCUUCCCCUAGAUUCGGAUCCUAACUCCCUCUCUGAAUCUCAAUGUGAGAAGGCUUUCGACACUUUCCUUCAAUUUGAUUACCUUGACAACCCCUUCCCAGACCCCAAUUCCCUCAACUUCGAAAACAUGCACUGCUUCUCCCCACUGAAUGAACGUCAUAACCGGCUUGCCAAGUCCGCCUCUAGGGCCGACCUCCUUUGUUGUCCUGCCUCUUGCUUCAUUUGUUUCAAAGGACCAUUACUCUCUGUAAUCCCUUUCAAGAUUGCUAAAAAGGAGCAGGCCCAUCUGCCACAGCUUGAUGCUGCUGCCAAGGGCACAUACUUCCUGCACAAUCACCUCAAAACAAUUGAAAUUUUGGUUAAACAUUUGUAUGAUUCUGUUGAAAGUGAUAAAAAUCUUGUUCGGCUUGGAUUAAAAAUAGGCAGGGACAGGUAUCUCAUCAGUGAGGUUGCAAAACAGCUUCAGAAGGACCAUCGUAUUUUCUUUAGUGACCUUAUGAGUUUUGAGAAACACCUAUGUAUAUGCUUUGGUGAAAUCAACAGUGAUAGAUCUCUCCUCCUUGAAGAGAUCAGUCUUCAUCAGUCACAUUCUCUCUAACAAAUUUGCUGCAUGAACUGUGAGCUAGAGAACCUCAGUGGUAUAUCUAAUUGGCCUAUGUUGUUGCUCUGGAGCAUAAGUUGAGGUUCCAAUAAUGCAUUGCCCAGGCUUGAAAGAUGGUGGCCGGGCCAUCGCCAAAACCGCCACAUACUUUGAAAAUAGAACCCACCCAAUGGAAGGAAUUGGGAAUUACUUAUUGCUAAGACAGCGGGAUAUUCAUAUCUUCGUCAAAUUCAAGUGAAACCGACAGAUGAACUUUGUUUCUUUACGAACAUUGUGGUGAAAUCUUAAUUUGUAUGCACCCAAGCUAUUUGAUGUAGCUAAAAGGAAGCUUGUAUGGUUGUAAUUGCUGCAAAUAUUAGUUUUCAGCUGAAGACUUAUGAAUUGAAUUGUGAAAAUAAAUAAAUAAAGGGAAUAGUUAUAUAGAA